GUUCCCGAGCACUUAUAACCUAUACAUUAUAUAGGAAUAUACAGAUUAUGGACCCGCUAGAAGAACUUUGACGAGCGGCAAGGGAAGCUGUUAGAAUGGCUUAAGCGACGACUGCGUGAGGGACCCACACUCGCCUUGGAGACCCUUGCUAUUCACUGCAUAUAUCCUACUGGACAUUAGACGUUGCCAUGUUUCAUGUCGGAAGUUAACUGGCGGCACUCCGCCAGGAUAGGCCCACAUCUUUGACGAAGUACCCAGUUAUGGGGAAGCUUCCCGGCCGUGGCUCGCUUGUUAGUGAGCAACUAAGCGAUGUCGGGAGCACGGCGAGCAGCUCAGCCGGCCGCCGGGUGGCCAGCCUUCCCCUUCGAGACGCACUUGACGGGGACGAGCGAGGAGACGACGAUGUCGCGACAACGGCACAGGCCGUGGAGUUGGCCAUCUUUGGAGUUCUGUACACCCUCAGCAAGGAGAAAGUUGACGGCUCCAAAUGGAUAGCGCUGCUCAAGAUGGUUCUCGACUUCCUGCAGCAGCUGGUGGUGCUGCUGUCGCCAACGUACGGCUGGUUCCCCUGGGCCUCGGAGUGGACCAGCAAGUUCACGUGGCUGUGGGAGGGCUUGUCGUACCUGGACUUCCGGACCAAGCUGUCCUCCAUGAACUACUCCAUGUACACAGGGUUCCUGUACGCCGUAGCCCUGCUGCUGCUGUGCAGCCUGGGCUUGUGUGCUUACGUGGGCUACUGCUUCAAGCGGCACAAGUUUGCGUAUGUUUGGCCCGUUUGGACGUUGCGUGUGGUCGUCAGCAUGUUCUUCCAGACCUUUUACGUGUCGGCGUGCGGCAUCUUCCUAAGCAACAUCAACUGUCACUGGCUGGCCCCCGACGAGAGCAACUUCGAGCGCGGCUAUCUGGACAAGUACCCGGACAAACGCUGCCUGGACUACCCCUACGUCUUCAACAUGCUGAUCUCCAUCUUCCUGCUCGUGCUCUUCUCCGCAAUCGUGUUCGUUACCACCGCGGCGGACUUCGAGCUGGACCCGCUGGCGGAUGGGCUGCUGGCGGCGGCACAUCCGCAUGUGGAGCUGCUCAACCUGGCUGCCAAGACGGUGUUCCUGCUUGCCUCAGCAAUCCUGGUGGUGGAUGUGCCCAAGCUGCAAGCCAUCGUGUUCGCUGCGACCAUGGCGCUGCAGUUCUACACAACCGCACGAUGGGUGCCGUUCUUAACCGCUUGGAUGAAUCACGUGCGAGCCGGGUUCAAUUUGGGCCUUACGUGGGUCAGCGUGAUGAUGGUGGUGCUCAGGUGUGUGGACAGCGCCAAGGACUCUCACAGCCACAUGGCUCGGCGACUCACUUACAUCGCGCUGCUGGGAAUCCCCGGCACGGUGGCAGCGGGCAUCGUCAUCUCCUGGAUCCGACUCAACUACUUUGUGCAGAAGGCCCUCCGCGCCUUCCAGAACGCACAAAGCGACUCCAAGCCGCGCGAUAUCUACGAGUUCAUCGACAUGUACGAAGUGGAGGUGGUGGCUCGCGUUUGCCGUACACCGGGGCAGGAGUCCGGCACGCAGGACGAGGCGUCCGUGAAACUCUCGGAGCGCAUCCUUAAAGCCGGCAUUGUGCUGUUUCCCAAUGAGUCCUACGUGCACGUCCUCUACUCCAAUCUGCUGAUCGAGGUGCAGACGCUGUACCAGGCGGGUCAAAGCCAGCUCAUGGCUGCCAAGAAGCUGAACCCGGGCUAUGUCCAGAAGUUUGCAAUCUUCGUGCGUGAGCAGCAGCACAUGCAACGCGCGCACACGCAGACCACGGGCGAGAGCGCGGUGGACCUGGUGUCGUACGUGGAGUUCCAGCGGAACUACAGGCUGCUGGCCCGUGCCACUCAGCGCGCACUCACCACCCAGCAAGCCUUCUGGCGGCUGCUGCUGCACGGCCAGAUCCACUUCUCGCAGCUCACCUCCGCCUUCAACAACAUCGAGGCGGCGCAGAAGACCGCCACGCAGACAUAUCGCAUGGUGCUGGACAGGUACCCCAAUAGCGUCAAGCUGCUUCGGAGCUACGCGCGCUUUCAGGAGGAGGUGAUGAACAAUCCCUGGCGUGCAUCUCAGCUUUACGAGAAAGCGGAUCGCCUGGAGGAGCAGCAAGCAGCGGCGCAGGACACCAUAUUGUACAGCGUUGACAACAAAGCCAUGCUCACACAGGUUGAUGACAAGGCAUACGCCGUACUUGUCAUCAACGCCGCUGGUAUCAUUCAAAUGUCCAAUAAAACGCUGCAAAAGCUGUUUGGUUACAAGGCUUCCGAGCUUGAUGGUCAAUCAGUGAGCAUGCUGAUGCCAGCCCCGUUCAGCUCCCGGCACCAGGGCUACAUGGGGGCCUACCUCGCGACCGGUCGGGCGAAAAUCCUUGGCACCGUGCGUCAGGUCGUCGCACUGCACCGGAGGCGCUACAUGUUUCCCAUUCGCCUGGCCGUUACUAAGCUCAGCGGACAGGGGCAAGACAGUACCUUCAUGGGGGUGAUGCGGGCCAUCGAGGCCGACGCCAGCACCAUCCAAGUGUGGUGCCUCACCAGCGGCGUCACGCUGUCCGUGGACCAGCGCUUCCAGGACGUGUUCGGGGUGCCGCCGGUGGAGGUGGUGGGGCGCAACUUCAAGGACCUGGUGGUGGAGCAGGACGAGCUGCAGGAGCUGAUGAACAUGGCGCUAGCGUGCCCCGAGGACGAGCUGGCCGCCCAGGGCGUGACACGCAAGGGACUGCACGUGCAACACAAGUACGCCAGCCUGGUGCAGGUGGACAUUACCAUACAGCGCGGAGGCACUGCGGACGAGCCGCUCCACAUCGUCAACGUCACGCCUGUAACCAUGACGGCUCCACCGCUUGUGGUCUUCAAUCGCAGCGGCAACAUCGUGUUUGCCAGUUCGGCCAUGAGUCAGCUUCUGGGUUUCACGCCGCGCAGUCUUGGGGUGCUCACAUCAGAGGCUCUGAUGCCGCCGCACUACCAGAUGCUGCACUCCUGCGGAAUCCGCGAGAUGAUGCAGCACAAGUCGCCGCACACCUGCCGCAACGGCCAAACGGUGUUCAUGUGCUCCAGCAACAAGGUCCUUGUGCCGGUCCGGCUGUCCAUCAGCCACAAGGCGGAGGGCGAGGAGAACCUGCUCACGGUGGUGGAGGUGACCAAGAGCAGUAUCGAAGCAGGGCUGGAUGAAAGGAGGAUAAAGCUAGAGGUCAGCCCCAACGGAGAGGUACUGUCACUGAUCAGCACGUCUUGCUCGCCCGCGCUGUUUGGCAUCAUGCCGGAGCACCUGGUGGGCACAAACGUGUUCAAAUUCUUUCCCGAGCUUGCGGCUGCGGCCCAGAGCGAGGAGGAGCAAGAAGAUGUGCUCGAAGCGCUUCGAUUGAUGUCCAUUGAGCGUCUCGCGCCUGUCUACAUCCGCACCAAAUUCGGCACCAGCCAAGUCAUCGAGUCCGCGACCGCUGACCUCUGGUCAACGGGGGCUACGGCCACAAAAGCGUACCAAAAGCAGGGCAGCCGGCGGAGCGAAGUGCUGCUCACCACCCGCCACUCCCAAGGCGAUACGGCGUCCGGGGAAGCGGCCGCUGAUGCGCCCCCAGACCCGCACCCAACCGCCACCAUCCGUUCUGCCGCCGCCGGCUCCAUUGGCCAGGAUUCAACAACCGCCCCGAAACCAGUAAGCUCCGGAUCCGCAAACGCCACAGCCACCGGAACCCUAACAUCAGGCCCAGCUGGCGGCGCCGCCACAGCUUCCGGGCAGCAUGACAUCAACGCCUCAACCGAAAUAACAAUCGAGGGUCGUUCGAGCGCGCCUUUGAUAGCCGCUGUGCGCCUGCUGGACAGCAGGACGGAUGGUGGAGGUGUUGAGGAGGGCCUGGGCUUGGGCCUAGGAGGGCACCACCGCUGGGGGGCCAUGCGACAGCGGCUGACGCGGUACCAAGCACCCUCGCCCGUGGAGCGGCUCAGCGGGGAUCCCCUGGGCUCAGACGCCACGGUGCUAGCACAGAGGGUAUUGAGUAGCACCAUGCAGUUGCGACAGGUAGCAAGCAUGCGUGCCGGCUCCUCUGAAGCUCCGCCGCCCGCUCCGCCGCUGCUCCAGUUGCUGCAGUCGCAGCCGCAGCAGUCACAGCAGCAGGCGGCUGAUUUACCUUCUCCGAAUCUGGCGGCCGGGUCGAGUUCAUUUGCUCAGCUUCCGAGUGGUCGGCUGCUGGCCGGGUCGGGCAGUAGGACCAUCUCCUUUAACGCCAUUGCAGCGGCAGCGCUGGCACGGAGUCGCCUAGCAGCGAAGGCGGGCCGGCUACAGCGACAGAACGGCCAAAACUUCGGCCUGCCGCCGCGCCCAGUCAUCCUGGAGGUUGACGGCACCUCUGGCGAGGACAACCUGGUUAUUUCCAUCUGGCAUCCGGACAAGGUGGCGGCCAUGCUGGAAGUCAGCAAGGACGGGGACAUCCGGCAGGCCAUGAUCGACGAGCUGCACCCGCCCGGGCCCAUGUUUGGCGUCUCCUCGACUGCUCUCACGCAGUUCAACCUUCGGGACGUGUUGUGCAUCCCGCAAGGCACCUCCAUCGUGGAUUUCCUGUUCGCGUCCGACAAGUCCUCGCCCGCGGGCAAGGGACACCCAGCACCGCACCGCAUCUCCAAGGCCAAGCAAUCCUCCAACGGCGGCGUGCUCAAGUCGAGCAUGUCCCACCGCAAGAACCGCACCCCCGGCCCGGUACUCUACAUCACAACACGUCAUGCGGAUGGGCGGCCCCUGCACCUCUCCCUCCAGGCCCUCCCCAAGAAGACCUCUGCUAGCUCCAUGUUCAUCCGCGCGCACCUGUACAUAAAAUCCAACGUCGAAAACGCCACACCCGCGGGCGCCUUCAACGCAGCCCUGGGGGCGCUAUGCGGUCCGGGUACGCUCGUCCGCACACCUGCUGCUGCCAACCCCGCAGCAGCCCCCGGCGGCCCCGUUGCGGCACCUCCUCCAGUGGGCAACACAGCAGCAGCGCACUCACGUCUGUCACCGCAACGGUCUAUUCCGCUACAUCAGCAAAAGCAGCAGCAUAACACGCAGCGUGCGCAUACGCUGCCGCAGGUGCCACAGCAGCAGCAGCAGCAGCACAUGACCUCGUUACUGCCGCAACCGCCGACCGUACAAGGUUACUCGGUAGAAGGCAGGACGGGCGCGGCAGGCUCCUUAGCAGCGGCAGCAGCGUUACAAGGGGCCUCAGCGAGGGGAGGAGGAGGAAGCGCAGGGGCUGCUGCUGCCGGGGACCGGGGACCGCAGCUGACGGAAACCGGCGCUCGAUUCCUGGCUGCGCAGCGCAUGGUGGCGGCGACGCAGCAGCAUCCACCGCAACUGCAGCGGGACCGCAGUCUUGGUACCUCACAAGGGCUGAGAUCCCCUCGGGCGACCCUUCCCGCGUCCCUUCAAGAGUGGCAGGAUGGCGGCUCGCAGCAGCCUGUGGAUGAGAGUCAGCCGCUAGAGAGCGCGAAGCUGCUUAACCCGCAGCAGCCGUCCCCGGCUAGCCGUUGGAGCGUUGCGUUCAACAACAGCCUUUUCGUACGGCAUGGCUCCGGAGGGCGGCGUCCGCCGGAUGAUCAACCAGAGGGAGCCGCAGAAGCAGCGGCAGCGGAGGCAAAGGCGACAGGAGGCCAAGCGCACGGGGCAUCUCCGCUACGGCAGCUCCGCUUCGAGCCGCCUCUGCCGCCCGAGCAGCAGCAGCAGCAGCAGGCGGAUGUUGGGGAGGGCAAGGAGAGCCCGCAGCAGCCGCAGGAGCAAGCGGGGGAGCGUGAGGACUCGCAGCAUGACAGCCAAUCGCAGGGAUUGUCCUCACCAAGAACCAUGAAGAGCGACUGCCUGAGCGGUGAUGAGGACGACCCGGUGCUCCGGGAGCGGCUGGAGGCCCUAGCCACGCUGGGCCCCGCAGCAGAUGAGGCCUCCCUCACCACCCCAGACCGCCCCUCCGCACCCGGCAUGGGACCGGAUGGCCGGCUUAUGGACUUCCGAGCCAAGAAGUUCGGGAGCUCUCGCCGCCGCGGGCCCUGGAGCACUGCAGAAGACAGCACCGGCGGCCGGCACUCGCACCGCCGGCGCCCCACCACCGACAGUAAUGACAGCCUUAACCGACAGAACACCAACUCCGAGCGAGCAGAGGGGCCGGUGUCGCACCUACCAGCCCUGCCGGAGGUCGGUGCGGUGGCUUCGGUGACCCAUGCUGGGAUACGAGUGGGCUCCUUUGCUGCGACGAUACACCAACAGCAGCAGCAGCAACAACAGCAGCAGGAGCAACUGAUGCGCGGAAGUGCGGGAACGGCAGGAGGCGGAGGAGGAGGGGCAGCAGCGGCGGGUGCUGCGAAUCUUGCGGAUGCCAUACAGCUGCUGCUGGUGCCGCCGGCUGAGAGUAACCACCCGAAGAUGUCGUUGACGGCUGGGAUGGUGCUGCAAGAGAGUGGGCUGUCGCAGACGAACAUGGGGCUAGACGCUGGGACGCAACACCUGCGGGAUCGCUUCACACGGGAUUGGGUGGAGGGCACUCGCCUGAGCAGCACCGCAGCCUCCGACAAGGACCCCCGCUCGCUGCGCUACCUGCAAAUGUCAGCAACCGGGGCCAACCUCAUGAACACCCCAGUUCGGCUGGGCCCGGAGCUUCGCCGCUCCAGCAUUUACGGUGGCGAGGGCAUUCAGUUGCAGGGUCCAACAGAUUCCAUCCACCAACCGUCAGGUAUCCUUCUCGCGCUGCCGCCCAUGCCAACCGCCAGCCAGUACGGUGGCCUCGCUAGCAGUGAUCCUCCCAGCAUGGGGCUUCAGGGCUUGCAGCAGCACCUACAAGGCGGUCUUCAGAACGCAUACCAUGCCGGAGCGCUGCCGUCGUCUAUGCCGGGGAUGCAGAUGGCAGGCGCUCACAACGCGGCGGCGUGGGGGGAGACCUCCGCAGACCCCGGUUACGCGCAGGUUGCGAUGUACGAGAGUUUGCCGGUGCUGAAUGCCGCUGCGGCGGUUGCUUCUGCGUCUGCACGGCAAGACGGGGCCACGGAUGUGGUUAGUGAGCUGGAGUCGUCGUACUUGGGUGUAAACGAUGCGCCGGUGGCAGACUCGCAGCGGCAGGCCGACUUCCAACGGGGCAAGCGACUCAGGCGUAUCAGCAAGGUUCUGGAGCGGCCCCAGGCGCGCAACGCCAUCAACCGCUUCUGGAACCACAGCCGGCUGAUCGCACUGCUCCUCACCGCCAGCCAUCUGGCCUGCGCCAUCGGCAUCUUCAUCCUGCUCUCCAAGCUGUCCACCUGCGUGCGAGGAAUGAGCCGCAGCGGCGUCACUCUGGACUUCAUGCAUCGCGCCGCCGUCGCUUCACGCGUCCUGGACCAGCUACACAAGAACCGCACACAGGAUCCGCUCUACCUCUUAUCCGACAUGGACGCCUACCAAGCCACAUUAGGCAACGCAACCGAUGAGUUCGAGCGACGUCACGUGGAGGCCUACCUGCGUUUCGGCAAGGCUGGCAGCAGCAGUCUGUUGGGGCGGCUGUGGGAGGACAAGAUGACGCGGGUAUCGUUGCUAGUGGAUCCAAGUUCGACACCGCCCACCUACUCCACCGCACUAAUGUCGCUGUUUGAUAUGGGCAAACAGUUCGUGGAUAGCGCCCGAGACAUUCAGGCCAACCACCGGCAUUACGUGGACGAGCUGAGCACCAACCUAACGGACACCGGCUCCUUCCGCUACAUCCAUCAGGAGGCCAUUUGGCACUUGACGGAUGCUUAUGUGGAGAUGCUUGACACGCUGGUGCUCAAGUGUAUUGACCAGGCUGAUCUGGUGAACCGGGUCAUGCUGGCGCUGCUGGUGGUGGAGGCGUGCUGCAUCUGCGGUACCGCCUGCGCCUACCUGUCGUACAGACUCAUGCAGGUCAGCAAGUACCGUUGUUCGCUGUUCUCGGUCUUCCUCGCCAUUCCCUCCGCAACCAUCAAGACCCUGGCUAGCCGGCGAGUCGACGCCGACGGCGGUGACGACUCGCAAGCCAGUGACGACGCAUCCCAGGAGGGAGGAGCCGCGCAAAAGGGUGCAACAGCGAACCAUUCCGCUCGUCGUCGAAGCGUCGUCUACGAAAACAUUCCCACGUUUACCUCCGCAAGACAGCUGCAGGCCCAAGACGACCCGGGUGUCGCUCGUAGGCUGCCGCUUGCAAGCCGAAGUCCUCCGGGACUUAGAACGUCGUUUGUGGGUGUGGGCAAUGUGGGCUUGCAUGAUACGGAUCGCCGUCCGUUAGGCGGCGAGGGGGAGCCCGGGGCAAGGCGGCUGGGGCGGCAGGUGACAGGGCCGCUGGGCGGGGGCGGCGGGGGGGAGGACGGAGUCCGGUUUGGCGGCGGUGGUGCGGGGAUGGAGGUACAACCCAGAAUGGGUAGCAGGUCUCGGCGGUAUGCGAUGCACGUUACCUCGCAUCUGCACAGCGACGCGCCUUCAGGAAUGGCAACAUCCAAACGCCGCGGCGGAGCGGACGGCGGUGGUGGUUGGGAUGACAGCUCAACGGGAAUCUCAACCGACGCUUCGCCGGUGUUAAAGUUCCGUACAGCGGCUGUUGCGUCACUGAGGCGAGCGGGAACGCUGAUGGCGGUUAAGAGCCAACGAGUUGCGGAGCUUAUGAAGAAACGGUUGGUGGCGGGUACGAGACAUGCCGUACAGCAAACGUCUCGUUUCUUCCGGCGGAAGUCCAAGAUGGCUGGUACGAACAAGGUGCUCGUGGCGCAUUCGCUCCAGAACUGGUGGCUGGUGCUGCCCAUCAUGGUGUGGGCGGUGCUCAUUAUCAGUUUGUACGCCGUGUCGUACAACGUCGUGGGGAAUGUAUACCAGCCGACGGAGACCCUCAACGUGGCUAACUUCAACGUGUGGCGUGUGAGUCGGCUGUCGUACUUCGCUCACGAGCUCAACGUCCUCGAGAACCGAGCGCUGCUGGACAAGUACCGGGAAUACCUCUUGGCGCGUCGCUUAACGGCCUCCCUGGAGUGGGACGUGCUGCUGUACGGAUCCAAACGUUUCAACGAAAGCAUCUACGACCUCAACCUCACCAUCAGCUACCACCGCAUCGGCCCGUCUGACGGCAUUGCUCACAGCGGUGGCCUGUUGGGCGAGAUGCUGUUCGAAACCACGCAGUGCAUGCGCUACAACGAGAGCAGCUGCUUCCCAGUCGGGCAUCCGUACUACGCGGCCACUCACCAGGGCAUGAGCACCAUCAUGAGGACCAUGCUGCGCGAGUGCGACCUGCUGUUGGCUGACCCGGACGAGGACGUCAACCUGCAGAACCCGCACCUGUCCUUCGCGUUCCAGGUUGGCCUGAACGACGCGCGGGAUGGGCUGCUGCGCGUGCGUGACUACUACGAGGGCAUGUUGAUGGACCGCAUCCACAACGUGCGGGCGAUCCAUGUGGGGCUGCUGGUGGCGUCAUUCGUGCUCAUCCUGCUCUUCAUGUUUUACCUGGUACGUCCCUUCGUGCGGUACACGCGUGAGGAGGCCAAACACAUUGCCAAGCUGCUCAGCGAGUUGGGGCAGGACAUUGAUGUGGAGAGGCUGGUCGAGAACGCUCUCAAAGUGGGUCGUCCCCCGAGUCAAAACGGCAAGGGCGAGGACAAACAGGGAUCAUCGAGUAAGUAAUGGAGAAAAGUUGCAGGAUGUUGUCUUUGGCGGCUGCGAAUGUGACCGUCUGGGGUUUUGUUGUGCUAAUGACUUGGUGUGUUGGUGGCAUUGCCGUAAUGGCGUAAUGGAUAGUGUCGUGUCUGGGCUACAGAAGUGAUCACUUGACUGUCUUGGAUAGCCUGAAAUGUAAUGCUGAUGUGUUUGGCGUCAACAUGUGUGAUGAAAUGGGAUGACACGUCAAGCCGCAAUUGAUAUUAAUGCGCGCGCGGUACGUACGAAUUGAAGCAUAGGUGUCCGUUCCUUCAGGCGAGGCCGGUUGGUCACAAAUGGUUGUGGUGGAGGGAAUGUAGCUAACAGGUAGCUAAAACAGGCAACAAGAACAAUUGGUAGCUGCACAGCUACACAUACUACCGGUACUUGUCAACAACUUUUACAAGGGUUAAUGCUGGUUUACAAUGUUACAUGCAAUUGACUAACGGUGUAGGUAGCUAUGUGGGUCGUAUAAAAACGUUCUUUGCAGCCGUUAAGAGUAUUGCACCUGAUAGGUAGGACGCAGUGAUAUGUUCUCACUCCAACAUUGUGUUUUGGUAACCCAGAUAGACCCGUAAAUUUCUAGCCAACUGUUACUCUUCAGGUUGUAUGAGGCUGAACCCCUAUAACUGCAUAGCCCACUUUAUCCUAUCUGAACUCGGUUCCUGAUGCUGGCCUUUGGCGCACAAUUGGUUGGGACGUUGUGGCGUUGUAAUAUUCGGGACGUUGCGGGACGGUGUGGCUAUUGGCAGUUGACAACUAACUGUUGGUUCGGAGGGGAGGAUUAGUAUAUUGGGCCUGGAAUUGGCGAAAAAUUUGGUGCAGUUUGUUUGACGGUAGACGGAUGGUCUGUUAUUCCGUUCGGUUAACCGACUAACUUAGUGGGGCUGUUAUACCCGUUGGACGUACGGACGUGCAGCGUCGUUCUUCACUGGUUUCCGUUCGUCGUCCAGCACUGGGUACGACGUAGUUCCGUGUUCGAUGUUACGUUUACAGCGUAGA